AUCACGAUGACUGACAGUCAAAUUCACUUGUCCUACUUCAUCUGCGGUCCGGUCUUCAUACUGAUGGUAUUCAUGUACUUCUACUAUUGGUAUCUAAAUGUCCGCGAGUGUCGUAGAUCGCGGGGGCGUGAAGCCACGCCUGCUCUGCUGGACGAUAUCUCUGUGGAACGACUGCAAGUCUAUUGACAAAGCGAUUGGGAUUUAAGUUCAUGUGAAUCACUGCACUGCGAGAAAUAUAACUUAAAACCAUUGUAAUAAUAAU